AUGUCGACCUACGAAAUCGAACAUAACACUACCGACCCCUCAACGGCUCAAACCCCGCGCCGCCGUCGCCCCGAUCUCUCCACCUUCUUCUCUACUCUGUCCGAGAUCACUCCAGCUCCCGACCACAGACCCCAUGCAGUCCCUGUCCCAGGAGAUGUGAGCGCCGCAUUCUACUCUCUCGCCGAGGCGCUGGAGAUGAUGCGCCGCGACACCGACUCAGCGCCCGGCGCAGAUGCGCAGGAGGGAGCCGAUAACGCCAGCUCAGAUACCGGCCGCGAUCUUUUGACCACAAUGAUCCAGUCCCUGCUCUCGCAAGCAGAUACACCGCCUCGGGAGGUGGAGGGUGUGGACGAGGAAUUCUGCGAUAUGCUCGAGCGCGUUCCCAAAGCAUCCCUCAAACCCUCUGACAUCUGCCCUAUCUGCAACAAUCCCUUCGUGGAAGACCCGUACCCGCUCGUCGUCCAGCUGCCUUGCCACCCGACACACCGCUUCGAUAUGGAGUGCGUGCGGCCCUGGUUGCGGUUGCGCGGAACGUGCCCGCUUGACCGGGUGGACUUUGCGAAGCAGCUGAGAGAGAAGGCGGAGGCGAAGAAGAAGCUUGUUGAGGAAGAUGAAGAGGAGGAGUGGGAUGGCAUGUAUGGCUGA